GAAAGAUGGCGGAACUGAUGCUCAUCAGCGAGAUCGCGGACCCGACGCAUUUCUUCACCGACAAUCUUCUGAGCCCGGAGGACUGGGACAGCCCCUUGUACACUGCCUUGGAUGAAGAGGCCGAGGAGCAGACAGAGCUUUUCCGCUGCGUGGAGCAGGAUGUCCCGUUCGACAGCGGCUCCCUGGAUGUGGGGAUGGAUAUCAGUCCCCCUGAACCUCCGUGGGACUCCCUGCCUAUCUUCCCAGAUCUUCAGGUGAAGUCUGAGCCAUCUUCCCCCUGCUCUUCCUCCUCUCUCAGCUCAGAAUCAUCACAUCUCUCCACAGAGCCCUCCAGCCAG